GAGGGAGUGAAGACUGAGAACAAUGAGCACAUCAACCUGAAGGUGGCAGGGCAGGAUGGCUCAGUGGUGCAGUUCAAGAUCAAAAGGCACACUCCUCUCAGCAAACUGAUGAAAGCUUAUUGUGAACGACAGGGACUGUCGAUGAGGCAAAUAAGAUUUCGAUUUGAUGGACAACCUAUCAACGAAACAGACACCCCGUCACAGUUAGAAAUGGAGGACGAAGAUACAAUCGAUGUGUUCCAACAACAAACUGGAGGAGCUUCUCUUUAAAGACUGUUUCCUAUGAACAUCCCUACCUCUCUUUUCGUCCCUGAACAUCUUUGUAAACCCAGUCUUCAAAUGCUCACARCCAGUGUUUAUACCAUCCAGUGGAUUACUAGUACAAAAUGACAAAAUGCUGAAAGGCAGCAGUUCAGUUGUAGGCUUUUAGCACACUGACAUUCAUAUGGUAAAAUGUCUAAACUGUGCAGUGUAGAUAAUUUUUAAGCUGCAGUGAGUUUUUUUUUGCUGAAGAUAUUGAACAUUUAGGUUUCUUUUUUUUUUCUGAGGGUUAGAAAAAAAAUKCAAUUCUUGGUUUUAUACUUUGUCCGGUUCUGAUUUGGUUAGUAUUUUGUCAUUAAGCCCGUGUUUUAAAUUUGCUGACAUCYGUUGUUGUUGAAAAUGUAUUAUUGGAAUAAAAUGACUUU